AUGUCGUAUUAUGAAAUUUUAGGCAUUGAGGUUGAUGCCUCAGAAGACGACAUUCGCAAAGCUUACAGAAAGCAGGCCUUAUUAUGGCACCCUGACAAGAACGUCCAGAGAAAAGAAGAAGCCGAAGCAAAAUUUAAAAAGAUCGCUGAAGCAUAUGAGGUGUUGAGUGACGUCGAUAAAAGACAAAUUUACAAUAAAUACGGUGAAGAAGGACUUAAAAAUGGCGAGCCUAACGAAUACGAAAGAAAUAAUUAUACAACCAACGUAGAUAUGAGAGAAUUUUUAUUAUUCUUUCAUUUUCAUGAUCCUGAAGAAAUAUUUAGGUCAUUCUUUGGUGGAUCAUUGGCUGAAAUAUUUGGCGGUGGUGGGUUAGGAGGAAUGCGCGGCUCAUUAUUCAAUCAAUCCUCAUUCGGCAUGUCUCCUUUUGGUAUGGGAGGACUUCGCUCAACCGCUUUCGAUGAUCCUUUUCUUAAUCCAUUCGGUAACGCAUUUGGAAGUUUUGGAAAUAUUGGACCAUCAGCGGCGACAUCAUCAUUUUCGUCAUUCUCUUCAAAUUCAUUUUCCGGAGGAGGUCAAGGUGGAUUUGUAAAGCAAUCCACAACCACGGAAUUCGUUAAUGGUGUCAGGAAAACUACCACUAAAACGGAGGAUGCACAGGGAAAUGUUACAGUUGUGACGGAAACUUCUGAUGGUCGACGUCAAGUCCUCAAUUCACGGCUGAGUGAUGCACCGCAUAAUGUAAGUCACGAAAUUCAGGGGAUACCCAUUCAGAAUGAAGGAUUAUCUCGGCCACGACAAAGUCAAUUCCAAGGUCAACAACCACCAUUUCAACAGUUUCAGCAAUUCCAAAGUCAACAAUCAUCAUUCCAUCCAUUUCAAGAUCAACUAUCCCAACAUCAACAACAAUUCCAGCAAUUUCAACAGCAAUUUCAAUCACAGGAUCCUAAUUCGAUGUAUGAGCAACGCUCACGAGGCAAUAGACAUUCAUCAAAUGGUCAUAAUAAUCAUGGGUUCUUUCCUCGAAGGAGAUAA